AUGAAUGCGUCUUGUGCAUUACAACAUUUUUGUGACAUACAUGGUCCACAAAUAUUACUGUGUACAGAAGCUAGAAUAUAUGUUCAAGAUGUAAAUGAUGAUGAUGAUGAAGAUUUAAAAACGUUUUACUCACAGUAUAUUAAAUCAGAAAAUUCACAAGGAAAAGUUGAAUGCAAGUCAUGUACAUUAUCAUCUGAUAAUGUUCUUGUUUCAUCUAUUGAUUCUCUAAAUCAUAUGUUAUAUAUUUCAUCACCAUCAACACCUAAUCAAGAAUUAUUUAAGGAUAUACGAAAUGCAUGCGUACGAAGUUUAAAUGUUGAAAAAUCUGUUGAAGUUGAUGCUCCAAUAUUAUUUGGUGAUGAUGAAAAUGGUUAUUGUCUAUCAUUAGCAUUUUCAUGUAAAGAUUUUCAUGCUCGUGGUAGUCAACGUCUUUAUUCUUUAUGUUAUUUAUGCAAUGAUAAAUAUCAUCUUCUUUCAUUAAUGAAACUUGUUAGUAGUUGUUUGCGGCAAGCUGCUCACUGGUUACAAUAUGAUGCUAAUGAAACUUAUGAACAAGAAGGACGUCUUAGAGUAAAUACAAAUUUAAAUGGAACAUCAGCAAUAACUACAUAUAUCUUUCGUCCACCACCAACUGUACCAUCACAACGAAUGCUUAGUGAUGUUGUACAAGAUUCAAACGUAACAUUUCGUAUACAUGCAUUAUUUGUUUGGUUACUUCGUAUCGCUAAUUCAGCAAUAAAAGAAACACUUUUUGAUGCUCUACCAACAGAAGAACAAACAACAAAACAAGAACGAAAAGAUGUGUUUGAUGACGAAGAUUCAACAAAUACAAUGGCAAAACGUCGACGAACAACCAUUAUUUCAAGGUCUAUAACAAAUGGAAAUCAAAAUUCAUUAAUAAUAUCAUCAACAUUAACAAAUGAUUCUGAUAAUCAAAGUUAUUUAGCAACAUCACUCUAUUCAACUGCUGAUGGCUAUCAACAAAGUGUAAAUAUUUUCUAUGAAGAUGAUGAUUUUGAUUCAUUACAGUAUCAAUUUUCAUCGAAUAGUCAUGAAGCUUUUAAAGCAUUUGAUUUAUUUAUUAAAAAAUUAAAUAAUACUAAAUAUUUACAAUAUAUUUUAUAUAAUUGGGUUAUUGGAAAUCGUUUAAUUAUUAAAUAUACAAAUCUAAUUGAUAAUAAAGAUAUAAUUCGUGCUUUAGCAAGUGUUUUUCGAUUAUUUUUGCCUGAUGGUUGUUUUCAUUUAAUUGAAGUUACAAAUCAAAAAGCACCAUGUACAGCAAAUUUAGUUUUAUUUGAUACAGAUUUAGUUUUAACAAAUGAUAUAUUAUCAUCGAUAACAGAAGAUUUUAAUGAUAGCAAUUCAAUUAUUAUUAAAAUAAUCCUUGACGAUAUUGAUGAUAAUCUUCGCGUUGUUAAAUUAGAAACAUUACCACCAACAAGAUCAGAAGUUCCUGUACCAACUUAUGUUAAAACAAUUAUUAAUUUAUCAACAGAUAAUACUUUAGAUGAAGAAGCAUUUGAAUCUAUGAUUACACAUUAUAAAAUGAAAUAUUUAAAUAAAGCAAAACUUUAUUUUCAACUUGGUCGUUGUCAAACAGCAACCACAGUAUCACUUAAUGAUCGUCGACAAAUGACAAUAUUAAAUGUUGAAAAUACAAGUGAUUUAGCAUUAAUACGUUUUUGGCAAAAAGGACUUUCACAAGCCUAUAGAACACAAAUACGUAUACUUAAACAAGAUGAUAAUCAACGAAAACACAAAGACAAAUCAUAA